UCUUUGGAUGCUGAUCCUCUGCCUGGAAAAGAGAAAUUCCUGCAAAAACCUCCUUGUUGGCCUGCCUCCCCUGGACACAUCCCUCCACCUGGGUCUCCAAAACCUGCCUGCUCCUGUGGCAUCGUGCCCGAUUUUCCUGCCUGCGAGAGCUGAGCUCGUGCCUGGCAUGUGGCUGCCCUCCCUCAUGGUGCCCAUGCUCUGAGGGAGGAUCCACCCCCCUGGCCAUGCAGAGCUGUUUGGAAAGGCCCUGGAGUGCCAGUGAAGGAAACCAGUGAAGAAAGAUGCUGAGGACAAGGCUCCAGCAGUUCUGCCUCCACCCCCAGCCCAGCUGCCCCAUGCCUGGCGAGGCUGAGCAGCCCCCCUGUGUCCGUGGGACAGCCAAGGGGGACACUGAGGGGGACAGGGGCUGUUGGCAGGAGAGGGGGAGCAGAGAGGUGCAGAGCUGCCAUCAGCUCUGGGAUGCUCCAGCCUCCAAGCCAGGCGAGCAGGAGGCACAGACAGGACUGCUGGGAGGGAAACCAAGUGGGAGCUGCCAGAGGGACCUCAGGGGGCUCAAUGGGGAUGCACCACAACCCCCACUGAAUGGCAGCAGCCUGGCCUUGGCAGAGGAGCCUGCAGCCCCUUCCAAGUGCCCUGGCUCUGCCCCAGAGCUGCCCCCUGCAGCAGACAGCCCCACGGGCAAUCCCAGCCAGGAGUGGAAAGUGGUGAAGAUCCAACGGGUCCUCAUCAACCCUGACUUUGAGCCAAGGAAAACAGGUCUCUCCCGCAGCGCCAGCCUCUCGGAGAAGGAGCUGAAGGAGGCGAAGGCGCGGAGCCAGCGGAUCGCGGCUCAGCUCACCACGGCGCCCGGCCCCAGCUCCAAGGGCGUGCUGCUGUUCCACCGGCGCCGGCAGCGCGUCGAGGGGCUCACGGGGGCCGGGCAUGGCGGGGGGCUGCCCCUGAGCCCCGCGCCCCAACCCCCUCAAGGAGCCAUGGAGGAGAGCCAGCGGCAGGGCAUGAAGCCGGAGCCUGAGCAGCCUGGCAAGGCAGGAGAGGGGAUGCUGGCAAACGCCUCCCCGUGCCAGGAGCUUCCUGCUGAGGCCCAGCAGGUCCCACUCAGCGUUUACCUGAAGGAGAACAUGGCAUCGGCCACCACCAACGGCGUGCAGGAGCAGGCAGCCAGCGGGAUGGAGAGAGGGCUGGAGGGGCUCGGAAAUGCAGCAGCCCCUGCGGGGCCGAACACGGCGGCUCUUGUCCUGCCACGGAGCCCCGAGGAGGGGAAGAACGUCCAAGUGCCCGGUGAGGUGCCCGGUGAGGUGCCCGGUGAGAUGCCCAGCGAGGUGCCCAGCGCACCAGCGGGGACAGCCACAGGGAUGGCACCCCCAGCCGGGCAGCAGCAGAACGGGACACAGGGCCGGCAGUACUACGAGGUCCAUCUCACCCUGGCCAAGCCCAAGCCUGUGAAGAACCGGACAGCCAGACCCUUCGGCACCCAGGCAUCCCCCGCCAGCGCCCAGCCGGCCGAGGAACCCCCUGCCCCCGAGCUGCCCCCACCACCAACCUAUGCAGAGACCCUCAGCAGCCCCCCACCCCUCACCCGUGUCCGCUCCCCCCCUGCCUACUCGGCCCUGUACCCCAGCCAGGAGCAGAAGAUGCUGCCAGACCCCCUCCUGGCCUGCGGGGUGAGCGGACCAAACCCCUUGCCCAAAACAGGGAUCCUGGAGGAGUCGGCUGCCCGGAGAGCCAGCAGAAAGUCCAUGUUCACCUUCUUGGAGAAGCCAAAGCUGAGCCCAAACCCCGACCUGCUGGACCUGGUUCAGAGUGCAGACAGCAGGAAGAAGCAGAAGGAGCAGGGGGAGCCCAGCGCCGAGGAUGAGCCCUUUGCCCUCGGGGCUGAAGCUGCAAACUUUGUCCCCAACAGCACAGCCAGGGCUGUGCAGCACCUCCCACCGGCUGAGGAUGCUCCAGCAUGGUCCUCCUGCCUCAAGUCUCCCACCAUCCAGCCCAAGAAGAAGCCGCAGCCCAGCCACAUCCUCACUGAAGCGAGAGGGAAGGGGGCUGAGCUCUUUGCCCGCCGACAAUCCAGGAUGGAGAAGUUCAUCAUUGAGGCUCCCUCCCAGCCUGAGCUGCUGCGGUCCCCAUCACCCACCAUGUCCCUGCCUCCCUCCUGGAAGUAUGACAACAAUGCUUACCUGUCACCCAUGGUCUCCAGACGCCCCUCCAAGAGUCCCUGCAGGCCCUCCAAAACCCCUCCUGCAUCGCUGUACGGCAACAACCUCACGGAGAACGAGGUGUCCCAGAAGGAGCUGGAGAUCUCCAGGCACCAGCCUUACCAGCUCCAGUCUUCUCUCUUCAUCCUGUCCCCAUCCAAGGGGCCAGCAAGGUCCAUGCCCCAGGAGGUGCCUCCACCCAGACCCUCUCUUCCCGACUCCUACCCCUAUCCCCAGCAAGCCUCCUGCCCGACCUCUCCGUUGCCUCGUUCCCCGGUUUGGCAUCCCCCCGUGGUGCCCAGCUCUGGCCAGCCCGUGGCCAGCCCGUUCCCCGGUGCUGCUGGGGCUCUGGCCCUGCCUCACGAGAGCCGUGCCAGCGCCGGAGCCCCGGCCGAGGCGCUGCCAGCCUCCCCGUGCCGCCUGCCACCCCGGGCCAAGGUGGGCUUCCAGGCACCCCGGCCCUCCUACUCCACCAGGAAUGCCGGCAUCGAGCCCCAGGACAGGCGCUCGUCCCUCCCUGCGUCUCCCACCUGGACGCCCCGGCUGGCGCGGCGCCCGGGCAGCCUGGACGGCUGGGCCAGCCCGGCCUCGGUGCCCGAGCUGGACGAGGGACCGCCCAGGUCCCCUCCGUGGAGCGAGAGGUCCCUGUCCCCGCUGCGGCAGGACGCGGAGCCCCGGGCCAGCCGGCAGAUGCAAGCGCGGCUGGCCAGGAACAUCAUCAACGCCGCCCGCAGGAAGAGCUCCUCUCCCAAAGGCGGGGGGCCGGAGAGCUGCCGGCCCUUCACCCCCAUCUCUGCCGGCCCCCCCAGCCUGCCCCAGUCGCCCCGGCUGGGGCCGAGAGCGCCCCAGGCUGCCAGCGGCGUGCUGGGGAGCCUGGGCAGCCCCUCGCCCCCCCACAAAAGCCCCCUGCGAUCGCCCCGGGCAGGCAGCCCCCAGUGCUGCGCCUCCCCCGGGAUGCCCCGAGCCGCCUGGGCAGAGGGUCGCCGGCUCCUGCUGCCAUCCAGCGCGUCUUCCUGCCCCGUGGCCAGGCUGUCCCCCGGCCCCAAGAGCCCCCUGCCAUCCCCCGUGGUGGCCGGGCGGUCUCCGGCCAAGCGUUGCACCUCCCGGUCCCCGACGGACUCGGACGUCUCCCUCGACUCCGAAGACUCGGGGACCAAGAGCCCGGGAAUCCACAGCUUCAACCUCUGUCCCCGGGGCUGGACCGGCAGCCUGCGGCUGAAGACGGGGGCUCUGCCCUCAGGGGCUCCCUGCACCUCCUAGACAAGCCAGCCCCCGCCACAAAACCCUCUCCCUCGACAGGUCAGCCCGGGUGAUGCCACCCUCUCACCCCCACCAGGAACGCACCAACCCCCGGGGCUGAGGUCCCCAAAAUUGUCCCUUCGGAGCUGCCACGACCCCUGCGUGUGCCAGAGGGGUCAGGUGCCUCCCGCCCGCCCGCCAUGCCAUAGCCCCGCUCUAUUUUUACCACACUAACCUUUCGGGGCAGGACUGCGUGGUCAGCAGGCAGGACGGGCAGAGUGGGGGAGCCCCAC